AUGCCCAAAGAUAGGCUGGACACUAUGCUGGGCAGUGUAGGAGAGCCCUAUGAGGACUCUGUUGAGAAGUUUAUGGAGACUCACGAGUUGAGGGAGUACAGCGCGUUGUUCGAUACUCUGUCGAAGAAUUGCCAAGAGCUGUUGGGUUCAACUGCUACCAUCCUUCCUAGGGGCACGCAGAAUUGGCUGGAGGGUUUCGCGGAGAGACUCAAGGCUCGGGAAACUUUGAAGCAGACAAGCAAAACGUUUGAUCUGGCCACGGAGAUCCUUGGCAAUUCUACAAGGAGCCAUUUGGCUGGUGCCUUCAAACCUGCACCUGCGCCUGCACCUGCGCCUGACGAGAGUGUUCUUGGCUCAUCAACUGCAUUGCCUUCAAGAUCUCCGUUGCACCAAGGAGCCCAGUACAUCCAGGGUAGCACAGCCGGCCUGACUGUCCCAUCAGCCGUACCGUUGACUGUUGAUGACCUUGAAGUCGAGGGCGAAUCCACUGUCCAACACACACCUGCAGCAGAACCCUCAGUGCGACCCGAUCCAUCGGAACCGGACAGCCCUUUGAUUGAGGAGAACGAUGAAAUAGCCGAGUUGCGUACCAACCUGGACCGCAGUUCUCAUGCCAUAUGUGAAUGGAAAGUCAACAACGACUGUGUGGCGUGUCGAUUUCAGGACUACCAACGAGAAUGCAUCAAUGCACUCAACCAAAAAUUGCUCAAGAGGGGCGAUGUCGCUGAUGUGAUGGCGCUCAUUGGCGUGUUUGCACCUUUCAUUCCAACUCCUCGUAUGACGAGUGUAUUUGGAAGGAUGCUGGACCAUCUUCUAACGUCAGUCAAGUUCCCAGCGCCGCACAUUGACGAUCUUGCCAUCAUGAAAGCUGUUAGACAACGGCUUAAUGGUGAGCGAGACGAGGCUUGCGAAACAAUUCGAUCGCUAGACCGCAAGAAGAGAAUCAUGUUCGAAACGCUGAUGGAGAAACUCCCAAUGAAGAGUGACAAGACCAUCUCAGAAGGAACAUUUGUCACCAACUACGUCCCAAACACAGAGUGCCAGACACAAAAGCAACAAGGUAUCAAGGCCGAUCGACCAGAUAUCCUAAUUAAGAUUCGCGGCCAAGAAGCUGUUUUUGGCGAGGUGACUGGGCCUGCGCAGGCAGGUCACACUGCCAAGAAUGCUUGGGAUCUUUUUCGCUUGGCACGUUUUGGCAAGGCAUUUUUGGACCAUGGAAACAGUGUUGCGCCACUCCUCCAGAUCGUCUAUAACAACGGAACCUUCAUGUGCCUCACGAUCAAGACUCGCGGGAUGUUCAUUCUUGAAGAGAUUGGCUCGUUCGAAGUACCAACUAAGGUUGCUGCCAUUCCAGCCCUUGCUGCAACCAUCCCAACACUGCUGGCAGCUCGGAUCUUGGAUGGGAACAUGAAUACUUUGAAGCGUUCUUGGGGUUAUGGCGACGUCCCUGAUGCAAAGAAGCGACUCUCGUAA